GGCGGAGGGUUGGGGUGGGGGGCCGUCCUUUUCCCGGCUGCCGGUCUCCCAGAGCCCCCCGCCCUCCAGGUGGGGACGCCCCCCCCCACGCGGCGCGGCCGGGCGGGUGGGAAGGAGGGGCUGGGCUCCGAGCGCCCGCCCCUCCAUCUAUCACAUGGCCGGAGAGCCACAAAAACAACAGCUUUGGCCGCGACCGCGACUCCGGGAGAGGGAACCCGGGCCCCCGCGGCCAGCCCCCGCCCAUGGAGGACAGUUUCCUCGAGUCCUUCGGGAGGCUGAGCCUCCGGCCGCAUCCGCGGCGGCCGGUCCCGCCGCCCCCGCGCGGGACGCCCCCGCGCCGCCACAGCUUUAGGAAGCACCUCUACCUCCUGCGCGGCCUCCCGGGCUCGGGGAAGACCACGCUGGCCAGACAACUGAAACUCGACUUCCCCAGGGCCCUGAUCUUCAGCACGGAUGAUUUUUUCUUCAGGGAAGAUGGUGCCUAUGAGUUCGAUCCUGACUUCCUGGAGGAAGCUCAUGAAUGGAACCAGAAAAGAGCAAGAAAAGCAAUGAGGAAUGGCAUAUCCCCCAUAAUUAUUGAUAAUACCAACCUCCACGCCUGGGAAAUGAAGCCCUAUGCCGUCAUGGCGCUUGAAAAUAACUAUGAAGUUAUAUUCCGAGAACCUGACACUCGCUGGAAAUUCAACGUUCAAGAGUUAGCAAGAAGAAACAUUCACGGCGUCUCAAGAGAAAAGAUACACCGCAUGAAAGAGCGGUAUGAGCACGACGUCACCUUCUCCGGCGUGCUGCACGCGGAGAAGCCGAGCCGAGCGGGCAGGGCGCAGGACAGGACGGCCGCCUCACCGCCCGCCGCCGCGGGGCUCUGGGGCGCCUGCGCCCGCGUCCCGCGCCGCGCGGCCCCCGGGGGCUGCCCGCACCCCAGCGCCUUCCGCAGGAGGGGCGGCUGCCACCACGGGUACUAGAGGCCGCGCCUGCGGGAAUCCACUUUCCUAAAUCAGUUUUUACUUCAAUUUUUUGGUAUUUAUUCUUUGCUCCGUUUUAGAGCUCUAAUUCCAGUGCACAAGUGGUUAUGUCCCUCGCCAGCAGGUGUCUGUCUGGCGGAGCGACGCUACGUGCAGAGUCUGAUGUGCGGAAUUCUGCAGAGCCGAGUGAACAAAGUCUCUAGGGAAAGAACUUAUUUGAAACUGAAACCUGAAAACCGAAGAACACGACCAGCCCUCCAGGUUCAUAAAUGAAAUAAAGUGUUUAUAAUAUA